AUGGUCAUUUUCAAUUUUCAUGAUGAAACAAAAUUUUCAUUGUCUUCGACCGUCACAAUGAAUAAUGGUCAUAAUAUUCCAUUGCUAGGAACUGGCGGUGUAAGUAGUGCCUCUGGAGCUCCCAAAGGUGAAAUUGCACAAAAUAUCAUUUUAUGGGCUCUGAAGUCUGGAUAUAGACAUAUAGACACUGCAACACGAUAUGGUAAUGAGAAGGACAUUGGAAUUGGUAUCAUCAAAAGUGGUAUUCCGCGUGAUCAAAUUUUUAUCACUACAAAAAUCUGGGACAUGGAUCAAGGUUACGAAACAACUCUCUUAGCAGCAGAAACUUCCUUAUCAAAACUUCAAAUAUCUUACCUCGACUUGCUGCUCAUACAUUCACCUAGACCUGGUUCUCAAAAACGUAUAGAAACUUAUAGAGCUUUACAAAAAUUAGUUAAACAAGGAAAAGUUAAAAGUAUCGGCAUGUCAAAUUAUGGUGUAAAACAUUUAAAGGAAUUGAUUGAUACUAACCCUGAAAUUAUGCCAGCCGUUAACCAGAUUGAAGUUCAUCCUUGGAAUAAUCCAAAAGAAAUUAUAUCAUAUUGUGCUGAUCAUAAAAUUAUUGUAGAGGCAUGUGCUCCACUUACCAGAGGAAAAAAGUUAAAUGAUCAAAUUCUUGUUAACAUUGCUGAGAAAUAUAAUAAAUCUACUGCUCAAAUUUUGAUUCGUUGGUGCCUUCAAAAUAAUUUUGUUGUAUUGCCCAAAAGUCAGAAUGAAAUACACAUAAUUGAUAAUACAAAAGUAUAUGAUUUCGUGAUUGAAGAUGAAGAUAUGAACACUCUUGAUAGGUUAGAUGAACAUCUUGUUACUGGCG